GAAAUAACAUUAAAAGUUAAUCUGUUUUGAAUUGGUCACAGCUCACCAUCUUCCAUGCACUGCCACUAAGGAGUAAAGGAACCAAGCAGAUGGUUAUGGAUUGCUGGAAAGGAGCCAUAUGCCGCAGUUGGAUUUAUCCCACACUCAUCAUCUGCAUGAACGGGUUUUUCUCCACAAUGAGACCUUCAGAGUCUUUUCUCACACCUUACCUAACCGGACCAGACAAAAACCUGACAGUUGAGCAGGUUACCAACCAGGUUUUCCCAGUUUGGACAUACUCCUACCUUGCGCUCCUGUUCCCCGUGUUCCUGGCCACGGACUAUCUGCGCUACAAGCCCGUGGUGUUGCUGCAGGGCCUCAGCCUCAUCAUCACUUGGUUCUUGCUGCUCUAUGCCCAAGGGCUGCGUGCCUUCCAGCUCCUCGAGUUCUUCUAUGGGAUGGGUACAGCCACCGAGGUCGCCUACUACGCCUACAUCUACAGCGUUGUCAGCGCUGAUCACUAUCAGAGAGUGACGAGCUAUUGCAGGAGUAUCACUCUCGUGGCAGCCACCUUUGCUGCUGUGCUGGGACAGCUCUUGGUUUCCCUAGCAGACGUAUCGUACUUUCACCUCAAUGCCAUCACUCUGGCUUCCGUGUCCCUGGCCUUUGUGUGCUCCUUUCUCCUCCCAAUGCCUCAAAAGAGCAUGUUCUUCCACAGAAAGGGCAACUCAGAAACCCACCCACAACCAGACAGAGUUGUAACUGAGCCCAGCCCCAACAUAUCAUCGAGCUGCCAACAGGACAAGGACUGUACAGCUGCUGACAUGGGACCAACUCCAAUGCAACAGCCUGAGCCCCAGCACCACGUGCUGAGAGUACUGGUGCAGCUGGGCAAGGACCUGAAGGAUUGCUACAGCUCUAGGAAGCUUCUUUACUGGUCCCUGUGGUGGGCUUUGGCUACGGCAGGCUUUAAUCAGGUUGUGAACUACAUCCAAGUGCUGUGGGACUUCCGAGCCCCAUCCCACAGCUCUGCAGUGUACAAUGGAGCUGUUGAAGCAGUAGCAACAUUUUUAGGUUCAGCAACAUCCAUGGCAGUCGGAUAUGUCAAAGUAAACUGGGAUCUUACUGGAGAACUGGCUUUGGGAAUUUUCUCUGCAAUGGAUGCUGGUUCUCUGUUUCUCAUGUAUUUUACUGACAACAUCUGGGCAUGCUAUGCUGGUUACCUUGCAUUUAAGGCAUGCUAUAUGCUCCUUAUAACAAUAGCAACGUUCCAGAUUGCUGUUAAUCUAAGCAUGGAGCGUUAUGCUUUGAUGUUUGGCUUCAACAACUUCAUUGCGCUGGUGAUCCAGACAAUUGUAACUGUUGUUGUAGUGGAUUCAAAUGGUCUGGGACUGGGUAUCAGCACCCAGUUUCUCAUUUACAGCAGCUACUUUACGUUCAUAGCUGGAAUUUUCCUGAUCAGAAGCGUAUACACCAUUGUCUCCACCAAAUGCAGAAAUACCAGCACAGCUGGUGAACCCACUGAUCAUUAAGGAAUGAUGGAAAAAGAUGAAAAGAAUGCCUGCAAGCAACACUGCAGAAAGCUGCAUCAUCUAAACAAGUAACUAGUGGAAACGUAAUGCUCAACCAAACCUGUAUCUGUCACACAACUGACCAGUCUUAUAAGCUUCCAACAUGAAGAGCUUCUUAAACAGGAUGAUGCGUUUUCCUGCUUUCCUUCACCCCAGGAGAAUUAAUCCAUGCACCAUGCUCCAUCCAUCAGCCCUUGUCCGAAGGAAAAAAGAAGACUCCAAGUCUUUCAACAUCAAAUACAUCAACAGGCCAGAAGAAUACUGCUAUAAGGAACUUACUAUAUUCACUGUCCUUUGGGAUCUCUAAAACUUAAAAAAAUAUACAGAAAUUACCAUUCCCCACACACAGGCAACACCUGUCAGACACAGUGGCACACAAAGAGCAUUUUCACAGGCAGUGGUCAUGUCUGCCAGUUCCCCAGGAAACAAGCACAUCUCUGCUCAAGCAGAUGACUACAAAAAGUUUCUUACCUUGAAGAAUUUUCCCAUUUAUUUCAUUCAGCUCGCACGCUCCUCAAAGAUCUCUAAUAAUUAGAUCUCAUUUAUUCCCGUUAUUUUGAACGUUAGAACUUUAUUCUUCAACUGGCCAGAAACCCCCCUUUAAGCUUGAGGUCUGGGCACUCACAACAUGUGCACAUAACUCAUUUAAUUUCAGUAUUAUGCUUGAACAUAAGCCCAGUUAUCUGUGUUUAAAUUCCACCACUGAUUACUCUGAUGCACUCGCAAUCUUCUUGCAACUCCCUACCACAGAUUAGACAAGCCAGACAUUUCUUCCUCUCUUCUAGGACUGCAGAAAACAUUCCAGAAAAUUAAGAAAUCCAGUUAUUUAACUUAGUGUUCCACAGGAGGUCUUACUAAUACACACAACUCAAUAAAAAGAGACCUACUGCAUUGUGGUACCAAUGUCAGACAUGCUGCCGUGAUCACAGCUACUCAUGUUCAAAGAUUCCAUCACUAGCUGCCUACAGUUAUGCCUUCCAGCAACUAAUCAGUUUUCAAGUCACUACCCACCUCAGUGCUCUCAGUGUCCUUCAUUAUGUAGCUUACAGAAUCCUGUAAGAGCUCAUCUAAACUCAUUCCUGUUAGAUAAGCCACUUCACUUGAACAGCAGGCUCAGUCAUGAGGAUGUAUUCAAGACCAUAGGAUAUGAACUUAAGUCAUCUCUAGGCAUAUCACUUCUGAUAGACCACUUGCAUAUGAGUCAAAACAUGAAUGUUCUAACCCAACUAAGCAUUUCUGCACAGAAAUAAAGCUACGCUUCUUUUUUCUAAUAUUUAUUUUUUUUUCCACCUGCAAACUGUAGCAAAACAUGAUCAGCUUUAUUAUGCAGACAGGUAUCCCUCUAACAUUAGAGAUUUAGGCAUGUAUAAAUAGAAGAGCUCUUAGGAAAGGAAAACAUUUUGAGAAAUGAACAAACCUUCAAUUUAAUCUCAUGACUUCCAAUACCAAUGGUUAAAAUGAUGUAGCUCAUUCAUUCCAAGAGAUACAACAGCACCUUAAAGUGGCUGAUCUAUUUCCCAGUAACAUUUUUCACAUAACAAUGUGUUAAAGUUACAAAUACUGAUAUGCACAAAUAGCUAUUUUCUAAGAAAAAUAUGUACAGUACUGCAGCAUAAUGAAUGUGGUAUCUGCAAUAACUUAUUAGCCAAUUUUAAUAUACAUGAUACCGCUACUUUUUUCCU